UCUCUCAUCAUUGUCUCGUGAGGUUUUGAUCUCCAGCAGCAUCAUGCCUGAACCAGCGAAGUCCGCGCCGAAGAAAGGCUCCAAGAAGGCCGUCACCAAGACCGCUGCGAAAGGAGGAAAGAAGCGCAGAAAGUCCAGGAAGGAGAGCUACGCCAUCUACGUGUACAAAGUGCUGAAGCAGGUUCAUCCCGACACCGGGAUCUCUUCGAAGGCGAUGGGCAUCAUGAACUCUUUCGUCAACGACAUCUUCGAGCGCAUCGCCGGUGAGUCGUCUCGUCUCGCUCACUACAACAAGCGCUCCACCAUCACUUCCCGAGAGAUCCAGACCGCCGUGCGUCUGCUGCUGCCCGGGGAGCUGGCCAAACACGCCGUGUCCGAGGGCACCAAGGCCGUCACCAAGUACACCAGCUCCAAGUAGAGCUCCGCUGCAGCUCCACACACAAAGGCUCUUUUAAGAGCCACACAA